AUGUCGUCCAACUUCUACACCUCAACGCAUGCCAAGUACUGGCUCCUUACGCGGGCCGAAUUACAUGCCUCGCGCGAGACGGAUCUCCGCUACGCGACCCCCCACCAGCGGUACUGCUUGAACAUCUUCUUCGCAUCUCUCAUACAAAAACUGGGAAAACGACUCCUUCUUCGGCAAACACCCAUCGCCACGGCGGUAGUCUACUUCCGCCGAUUCUACGCCCGCAACUCGAUCUGCGAAACCAACCCAUACCUCGUACUGGCCGCAUGUAUAUUCGUCGCGGCUAAAGUUGAAGAAACACCAGUGCAUAUCAAGAGUGUGGUCGCCGAGGCCAAGGUCGUCUUCGGUGAACAUAACAUCAAGAUGUUCCCCGCUGAGCCAUCCAAGCUCGGCGAGAUGGAAUUCUAUCUGCUCGAGGAUAUCUGCUUCUGCCUCGUCGUAUUUCAUCCUUAUCGCGCCUUGGUUAAUAUUUGCGGGCGCGAGCCUGCGGACGCCGGGAGAUUUCCCAAGACUAGGGCCGAGGAGGAUGCCGACGUACGAAGGAAGGAGGCGGAGGCUGCCAGGAAGCGUAGCGAUGAGGCCAAGGCUAAAGGGCCGCCUGGAUCUGCUGCACGCAUGCCGGUCGAGGAUGAGGGUGGUGAGGGCGAGGCGGAACGGAUUCGUCGCCUUAUGGGGCGCGGGAGCGGCGAAGGACUCAUGGAGGUCGAGGAGGGGGCGCUGCAAAUAGCAUGGUUCGUGAUCAAUGACUCGUUCCGCACCGACGCGCCCCUCCUGUACCCGCCCUACAUCGUUGCUCUCGCAGCCCUCUACAUCGCCUUCACACUUACUUCCUCCUCGGGAACAAGUGCGCGUAGUACGCGUUCCUCGACCCAAGUAGGCACGAUCACGCAGGCGAUUGAGAGCAAUGCAGCGCUAGGCUUGCCGCCACCACCGAGCGGGGCGGCCGAGUUCCUCGCCUCGUUCCAAGUCUCGCUUCCCACGCUGUUCGCGUGUGUCCAGGACAUCACUUGCCUGUACCCGAUCUGGGAGGCUUUCGAGCCUUCCCCCACUAGACCGGGACAGCAGCCUGCGCAGGGAAAGGGACCAAAGUUUACGCCAGAGGAUGCCGAGGCGCUCGUUCGACGCAUGAUUGAGGAACGAAUGGUCGAUCUCGGUCAUCCUGAUGAUGCGGGAGCUGGAGCAGAGGAACCGCCCAAGAAGCGCCUCCGAACAUAG